CCGGAUACAAUCAUACGGUUAAUCCGUUCAGGAAUACAAAUAUUUGAUAGUUCAAUAUGUACAUUGUUGACCAAUAGAGGUCGUGCAUUGCCAUCACCAUUAAUUUCGAAUGUUGAACCAAAAUUAUUAUUCGAACGAUCAACAACCGAAACAAUCGACGACGACGACGAUCCAAAUCCAUCGAUAAUCCUGGAUUUGAAUAAUAUUUCCUUUAAAAAUAGUGAUAGAUUAAUAAGUAACAAAUGUAAAUGUUAUACAUGUAACAAUGGUUUUACACGUUCAUAUAUUAAUCAUUUAUUGAAACGUAAUGAAAUUAAUUCCAGAAUUUUAUUACAAAUUCAUAAUCAUUAUGUUUUAACGGAAUUUUUUAAACGAAUUCGUUUGAUAAUUAUUGAUGGAUGCUUUGAUCAAUUACUAGUCAAUAGUAAUGUUUUGGAUGAUAAAUUUAGUCAACCACAACCACCAUCAUCAACAACCAUGACAUCAUUACCGAACGGCAAAUAAAUUCAAUUAUCAUCAAAAAC